AUGGUCAAGAAGAGAAAGAACAACGGCCGAAACAAGAAGGGCCGUGGCCACGUCAAGCCCAUCCGAUGCAGCAACUGCUCGCGAUGCACCCCCAAGGACAAGGCGAUCAAGAGAUUCACCAUCCGCAACAUGGUUGAGUCUGCUGCUAUUCGUGACAUCUCGGAUGCCUCCGUCUUCGCGGAGUACACCGUGCCCAAGAUGUACCUGAAGCUGCAGUACUGCGUCUCUUGCGCCAUUCACGGCAAGAUUGUCCGUGUCCGAUCCGUCGUUGGCCGACGCAACCGUGCCCCUCCCCCUCGCGUCCGCUACAACAAGGACGGCAAGAAGAUCGUCCCUACUGCCCCUAAGGCUUAA